AUGACAGAAAAUCCAUUAACAUUGACCGACUUAUUUCAUAAAUUUAUUCGUAUGACAGUUAAAACAACUGUCACAGAACAUGAACCAAAUAUUAAACAACAUCGACAUUAUCAUCAUCAUCAUCGAGACAAAAUUCCUCAUAAUCACCAUCGAGAUAAACAAAAUCAACCUCCACCUGGUCCCUCUACACAUACAUAUGCUAAAAAUCAACAAUUAAAUAAUUCGAUUAAUAAUUCGAGACGACGAUUAAUACCGUCAAGAUAUCGAAGACGACUUUCUAGUGUAGGCUAUUGUUCCGUAUCACCAUUACAAAAAAGUGAUAGUAAAGAUGAUAAUGGACUUCAAGAUACACAAGAAUCCACUACAAAUACAGCAGAUAUCAGUAUGGAAAAUACGAGUGGAACACAUGUUCAUGUAUCAAAUUAUAAUAAUGUUACCGAUAGUAAUAUGGAUACAUCAUUUGGAGGUAUUGGGCUUAGCAUUACAUCCAAACCUUUAGCCAAAGUACAGAAAAUUGCUGUUCAAAAUGUGUUGAACGGUUCAUUUCCACGUGUUGAUAAACAACGUGUAUCCUAUGGUCAAGCAACAACGGUUUCUCACGCGCAUACCCAUAAUUCACAAUCGAAAAGCAGCGGUCAUCAUAGUUAUCACGUUUUUAAUAAUAGUGCCAAUAUUGAUUCAUCAUUACCAUUUUUAAAUGAUAGUACUAAUUCACCAGUAAAUUCUGCACGACAUCCUCGAAUAAGACGAGAGAAAACACGUGAAGGUAGUCUUCGUUCAAAAGAUACUGAAAAUACUCAUCAUACUUAUCAUACAACUACAACAUCAACUCAUCAUUCAUCAUCACAUCAUGGUACUCAUAUAAAUGGACGAACAGAUAAUAAUUUAUCUGCCAAUCAAUUUACACGAUCAAAAAGUUUUUUUGCAGAAUCAAAACCACCAAUGUUUCCAACUAAACCCAGUGAAGCUCUUGCUUAUUAUGGUGAAAAAUUAACCGAUUAUGAGAAAACAGAAAUAUUUGAAUUUUCAGAAAUCUAUUUUCUUGGAUUAGAAGCAGAAAAAAUAUCAGCAGCAACAUUAAAAGAUUAUGAUGAUGAAAAUGGAUCAUAUCUUAAAGCUACAAAAGAUCAUAUAUGUUAUCGAUUUGAAGUAUUAGAAACGCUUGGCAAAGGUAGUUUUGGUCUUGUUUUAAGAUGUUAUGAUCAUAAAAAUAAAGAAGCAGUUGCCUUGAAAAUUAUUCGAAAUAAAAAACGAUUUCAACAGCAAGGUUUAGUUGAAGUAAAUAUUUUACAACAUUUACGAAAUUUAGAUGUUGAUAAUUCAUUGAAUACAGUACAUAUGAAAGAACAUUUUUAUUUUCGAAAUCAUUUAUGUAUUACAUUUGAAUUAUUAGGAAUUAAUUUGUAUGAAUUAAUAAAGAAAAAUAAUUAUCAAGGUUUUAGUGUUCAUCUAGUCAGACGUUUUGCCAAUUCAAUGUUACAAUGUUUAAGAGUAAUGUUUAGAGAAAAAAUUAUACAUUGUGAUCUUAAACCAGAAAAUAUUCUUCUUCGUCAAAAAGGUAGUAGUGCCAUAAAGGUAAUCGAUUUUGGUUCCGGAUUUUAUACAUAUAUUCAAAGUCGUUUUUAUCGUGCUCCUGAAAUUAUACUCGGUGUACCAUAUACUCCAGCAAUUGAUAUGUGGAGUUUUGGAUGUAUUCUUGUCGAAUUAUUUACAGGCUAUCCAAUUUUUCCCGGUGAAAAUGAACAAGAACAGUUAGCAAUGAUUAUGGAAGUCAUCGAUUUGCCUCCACAACAUGUUUUAGAACAAGGAUCACGAAGAAAAUUAUUUUUUGAUUCUAAAGGUGUUCCUCGAAGUGUGACAAUAAAAAAUUUAAAAAAACGUCGUCCAGCUAGUCGACCAUUAGGCCAAAUAUUACGAACAACUGACAAUAACUUUAUUGAUUUUAUUAGACGAUGUUUUGAAUGGGAUCCAUUAGAACGUUUAACACCUGAAGAAGGAUUACGUCAUCCAUGGAUAAUUGAAGCAAAAUUAAAACGAACAUCAAGAGAAUCUCGUACAAGAUAUCGACCAAAAAAAGAUGAAAAUACAACAGCAAAUGGAGAUUCAUAUUUUAGUUUCAAUGAGACAACGGGUAAUGAAGAUACUCUACUGAUCGAUGAAGAAAAGACGAAUAAUACAAGUAAUAAUAAUAAUAAUCAUAAUAAUAGUUUGAAUAAUAUACAACAUACAAACAAUUCAUUUUUACCAAGAAUUAUGAACCAGUAA